AUGAACACCGAAAGGAAAAAGCAAAAGAAAGGGAAACCGAAGGAAACAGGAAGAACUGUAGAGAAAGGACAGAAUGAGCUAGGUAUUCGAUUAUGGGUGAACUUUGAAAAAGGAAUAUCUGGAGAUAUGUUUCCAAAAGAAAUAGAAGGAUAUGUACUCGUGUUCUUGUCGAUUUUCGCAUUGGGCUGGGGCGCAGCAGCUCCAGCUGUGAUGACGCCCUCUAUCAGCGUUGUGGCGCCGUUUGAUACGAUGACUGAGUUGCACCUUAGUUCUAUGACCAAGCUUGAGCUAGAGGUCCAGUUUCCUGCCGGCCUAUCAGAGAGCGUCAAAAUUGAACUGCUCCCCUCUAUAGACGAGGUCAUAGCGAUACUAGGGGAUGUCACUAUAACUCAUAAUGGCGGCAACCUCGGGAUAACGCCGCCUACUCCGGUCCGCUACCAAGUGCCAGCCACUGUUGGGCAACCCGUUACGUAUGACUCUAGAUGCGUGCUUGAUCUUAACGAUGUCACCAACACAGACGCUACCAAUGAUAUUGAAGACAGCAUCCUGCGCCUCCAAUAUGAGGCCAUACUGGUCAGCCUCGGGACCUACUCAAACGGCUCUGUCUACUGGAUCAGCUCGGGUUUGGAAUACAACAACAGUUACAAUGUAUGGAUUGGACAAGCAUCGUAUAACCUCCUGACUGUUCCUAUGACCACUUCCAAAACACCCGUGUUCAACAUUAUCCCACCAACAGAUACAAACAUCCCUGUCAAUUCCUUGUUCAACAUACAAAUAGACUCUUGGCUUCCUUAUCCGCUUUCCUCGUACGCGGCAGAGGGCGUCAGUCUUGCUGUGGAUGGUUCGGUGACAAUUGUUGCGGUGAGCAUGGUAUCGUCCGGAAGUAACUACAACUUUCUGUUUGACUAUGAACAGCUGACUACUACUGACCUUAGCUGUGACUCGGUUACCCCUGGCAGUGAUCGCGUCAGGCUAGAUAUUGGAUCGGUGCCAAACAAAGGUGCAAACCAGGGGACGGCGGCCACGGCUGCGGACUCCAUCCUGGUUCAGGUGACGUGUUACAUGUCUGGGGCCGCUGUGAUUGGUAACGAAUACUCCAUAGGUAUUGGAAUGGAGAUCGACUCAUCAGAAGUCUUCGUGACGACAGUCAACGUUACCGCUUCUGCUCUAGUCCCAUCGACAGCAGCUUUCACUGCAGUGGCACAAACGCCUGAUCCUGCACUCGUCCCUCAGGGGGGCUUGGCUGCGUUCAAAGCGAAUGUGACGUUUCAGCCUCAAUCAUCUGCGCGGUACACUCUUUUGGCUGAAACACUCCACCAGGGUAACACUAAAGUCCCAGGCCUUGCAACAAUUUCUGUUCUAAUCACAAACGCUGGCGGUAAUGUCCCAUGUCCGAAUACAGACACGUCAUAUAUUAUGUCAAACCCAAGUAACGGCUUUAUUGACAAGGCGAAUAUGGACAUGAACGUCACCGAUUUUGGUCUGGCAUCUGGUGCUUACGACGACACGUUAGAAAUAGCGGUAGUGGGUUUGGCCAUGCCUGGCUUUGCUGAGGACGGAGAAACAUAUAUCCUACAGUUGACGGUUACUAACAUAGACACAGGCGUGUCUGAAGUGGUGCAGGGUGCUUUUACUAUCGGCGGUACCAUGACAUACGAUAGUCCUGUGGCCUACUCCUUUAAUAUGUACCACACUUGCACAAGCAACUGUCUUGUGGCAACCAACUGGAUCGACAUCUACUUGGAUGUGACAACCGAGAGCGGCACCAAUCCUGGCCUGGUGACGUUCGAAUUGCCUAUCCCUUCAAACAUCAGCAAUAACUUCUUUAAAGUCUGUUCAUUCGAGGCCAUCAACAUUGGAAAAAAUAUUCCCUGUGUCAACAAUGCGCUCAUGGCUGUCCAAACGACUCUCGUCACUGAUGCAGAUGGAAACUACGAGAAGAUCCUGGCUAAGAUCAAUCCUCUUUGUAAUCUUGGAUUUAGCUCUGACCCUAUGGACGAUAAGUUUACACUGAAAAUGACCGCCUCAUACCUUAAUGACUCCACUGUGGUUGACGAUGACACUGCGCAUUUCGGCCUAGGUGUCAGCUAUAGUGAUGUACAGGUGUAUGUCGCUAUGCAGGAGAUCUGCACAAAAGCAAUAACGUACUUUCCAUCACUUGCUAUCGUGGAGGGAAUAGCUGUAAAUCCUAACCCUAACGAUACACUGACUGACCUUAAACUAUUAUCCAGUCUUGAUGGAAAUACAUAUUUCGACAAACCAGUGGAUUGGACCAGCGGCGCCAAUAACGGUUCACAUGACAUCUAUACCUUGGCCAACCCUUUCUUAACCGUGUUUGUCCGGCUUGCGAUGGGUUCAGUUUGUCAGGGAGGAUGUUACGUAGAUCAUGCUUUCAUUUACAAAAGUCUGGAAGGCUAUCUAGAUAUUUUCCGGGACACAGGUGAUGUUCUUCUACGGCAGAUGCCUUGGGUUCUUGAUAAAAACCCAAAUACCUGCUUUGAUCUGCCCGUGCAAGGAGAAACGCCCCCAGUACUGUACGUCCGGAUGAACACAACACUGUUGGGUUUAGACAUCAACAACUUCUCACUGAAUGUCACUGGAGACGGUCUGUACUGUGAUCGCCACGGAACAUCUCGUGUUGUCCAGAUUGCGUAUCCUAUGACUACGGAGACGGAUGUGUUUCAUGCAGAUGUUGGAUUUUGUACCUUCAAAACGUCAUUCCCUGGAGUUGGUACAGUAACCACCUGCAACUACGAGUGUGUGUGUGCUGACCCUAAACACUGCGGAGAGAUAUUUAUGCUCUUCGCUAACUAUGACCAAGGCUUAUGGAAACUGUGUGAAAUCUCGGCAGCCAACGUGUAGGACCUUCUUUUUGUUGUGUCCAUUAACAAUUAUACCUACUUGAGAGUAUAAAAAGCUUUGGUGCAUUUUCCUGAAGAUACUGCUGCUAUAAAUCAACUUUCGUACUGAUGUAUUUCCCUGGUAGUGCCUCGCAGGCAGCGGAAGAAGUUUUCAAAUCAAAGAUUCCAUUAUUCCCAUCAAUGCUCAAAGCAUGUAGGCGCAGAUGAUAUACCAUCUUAGUACAGUUAAGUACUACAAUUUUGGCUACAUAACAUGGUGCUAGAUUGCUGAUGACGUCACUAUCGACAGAUCUAGCUUCUCCUACGACACAUGAUACAAUAAAGGUAGCUUUAGGAAAUGAUGGUCAAUGUUUGAAUAACUAGCUUCUUUCGUUCUUUUUUUACUUACACGUUUGAUGCUCAGUAAAUAAAUGUUAUGUACAGAUUAUUUUAUUUUCGUCGACGGAUUUGUGCUAAUACAAACCGCAAACUAGUAUGCACUGUGACUUUUAGCCGAAUGUGAUCAAUAUGGGAUUGCUUUUUGGCAUGACUGACCAGGAAAAGAGAGUAAAGAAACUGCGUACACCAGUGAGUUUUUACCCAUGAAUAUAUGCAGAGAGAAAACCAGCACAUGCGUCUUAUGUAGAGUAGAAUUGAUGGCGUCCAUUUGUGGUACUUGUUACAUAAACAAUGUCACUUGUGUAUACGUACAGAUUUUCUUGGUGUACAACGUAAGGUCAAAUAUAAUGCACUCAAUGAUGUAUGAAAGAUGUGUUCAUCCAGUUGAGAUUUUUAUAAUAACACAAGCUCAUUACCAGCAUAAUGUUAAAUACUUACCGACUUCGGGAAGUGAUUUGUGAAAUACAUAGGGCAGUGUUAGCGAAAGGUGAAUUAACAUCUCUGAAGUAUUCACAAAGGUGAACGAUAUUCAUGUAUCAUUUUAACAUUCUGUGCUACAUUUUAAAACAGCUCAAUAUAUUCCUAUUUACUUAAAUCGCCUGAGCCAAGCCCUGCAGUUUUUCCUUUUAAUUUUCUUGGGAAUCAAGAAAGUGCAACAAAGUAUUUCUUGCCAUGAAUGAAUGAAUUACAGAACCUUUAUUUUCAAACAUGAAACAAUGUCAUUUAUUGAAACUCAAGAACGAUCAGAUUUAAAACUCCAAAAUGAUAUGCAAAUAACAAUAAAUCAAUAAAUAGAUAAAAACAUAACAGCGGGUGUGAUAAAAAGUGUUUGAAUUUGAUGGAAAAGUUUUAAACUAUAUUCUAGUUUAAACUAGCUUUAUGGCCAUUUUCCUAACUAUUUAUGGUUAGGCAGUACAGCUACUUAUAUAUCUACACGUUUGUCUGUAUCUUAUACAUGAAUAUGAUAUUGUAACAAAUAUAAUAAAAUAUCAAUACUAAAACAAACGUACUAACGAGAGGUCAAUAUGAUAAUAAUCCCAAUAGGCUAUAACGACAUAAAUUAAACACAACGAUCCUUGUUAACAUAAAUUUGAUACAACAAUCUUUGUGAAUAUAUAAUAAAGCACAACAAUAUUCAUUUCAAUUAUAAAUUAAACACAACAAUCCUUAAUUAUGAUCUGAACAAAAUAAUAUUCCUUUUGAUUGUAAAUUAAACAAUUCUUUUAACUAUCAAUUAAAUACAACAAUCCUUGUAAAUAUAUUUUUAAUAUUAAAUCAUAUUUAAUUACAUAUUAAAAACAACCAU